GGUAAGAAUAGUCGAUCUGGUUGAAAUUAUCAUUGAAUCACGCUGUUAUUUUUAUUCUCAUAUUUGAAAAAAAAAUCCAAUCAUCCAUAUCAAAAUGGACGUUAAACAGCAAAUCACCGAUGAAUUGAAUAAAUUUCAAGCAAUUAGAAAUCAAUGUAAAAAGAUACUUUCACAACGUGGCCAAUUGGAAAUACAAUUGAAUGAGAAUAAACUUGUCAAAGAGGAAUUAGACUUACUCGAAGAUGGAUCGAAAACAUUUAAACUAAUUGGACCAGCAUUAAUAAAAAUUGAAUUGAAAGAAGCUCGAGAUAAUGUUAACAAUCGUAUCAAAUAUAUUACCGAAGAAUUAAAACGAUAUGAUCAAACAUUGGAAACGUUGACUAAACAACAGGAUAAACAUCGUGAUGCCGUUAUGAAAUUGGAGCAGGCAACACAGCAAGCUAUGUCAGCAGUAGCAUCGAAUCCAAAAUAAGAAACUCAUUCGAAUUAUAAUUGUAUCUCUUUUUUUUGCAAUUGUUCAAUAUUUUUUUUUGUCUAAAUGAAUAAUAGCUUUAAGAAAAAUGUCAAACAAUGACACAAACAAUCGGCAAGAAAAUGCCAUCAAAAAAAAAAAAAUACAACAUUGUACAAUCAGCAUAUCUAUAGAAAAGGAUACAUUAGAUUUGUUUUAAGCUAUUAUUACUAUUGUAUGUUUCAACAUGGAUAUGUAUGAAAUUCUGAAAAAAUAAAAAUUUUUAUGUACA